GGCGGUGAGCGGGAGAGGGAUGCUGAGCUUUCUGUCCGCUCGGCAGUCGGGUGUGGAGGACCCUCUGCGGCUGCGGAGAGCGCAGUCCACGCGGAGGGUCCUGGCACUGGAGUUAAACAAAGACAGAGAUGUUGAAAGAAUCCACGGCAGUGGAGUUAACACUCUUGAUAUUGAGCCUGUUGAAGGAAGAUACAUGUUAUCGGGUGGUUCAGAUGGUGUGAUUGUACUCUAUGACCUUGAGAACUCCAGCAGACAACCCUAUUACACAUGUAAAGCAGUGUGUUCCGUUGGCAGAAGCCACCCUGAUGUCCACAAAUACAGCGUGGAGACUGUUCAGUGGUACCCUCAUGACACAGGCAUGUUCACAUCCAGCUCAUUCGAUAAAACUCUAAAAGUGUGGGAUACAAACACAUUGCAGGCUGCUGAUGUGUUUACUUUUGAAGAAACGAUUUAUAGUCAUCACAUGUCCCCAGCAGCCACCAAGCACUGUCUGGUAGCAGUUGGUACUAGAGGACCCAAGGUACAACUUUGUGACUUAAAGUCUGGAUCCUGUUCUCACAUUCUCCAGGGUCACAGACAGGAAAUACUAGCAGUUUCCUGGUCACCACGCUAUGACUAUAUAUUGGCAACAGCCAGUGCUGACAGUAGAGUAAAAUUAUGGGAUGUGAGAAGAGCAUCAGGAUGUUUGCUCACUCUUGAUCAGCAUAAUGGGAAGAAGUCACAGGCUGUUGAGUCAGCAAAUACUGCUCACAAUGGGAAAGUUAAUGGCUUAUGUUUUACAAGUGAUGGACUUCACCUGCUCACAGUUGGCACAGACAACCGCAUGAGGCUCUGGAACAGCUCCAGUGGGGAGAACACACUGGUGAACUAUGGGAAAGUUUGUAAUGACAGUAGGAAAGGACUGAAAUUCACGGUCUCCUGUGGCUGCAGCUCAGAAUUCGCUUUUGUUCCGUAUGGUAGCACCAUCGCAGUCUAUGCAGUUUACUCAGGAGAACAUCUAACUAUGCUUAAGGGACAUUAUAAAAGUGUUGACUGCUGUGUGUUUCAGUCUAAUUUCCAGGAGCUUUACAGCGGUAGCAGGGACUGUAAUAUUCUGGCUUGGGUACCAUCUUUGUAUGAACCAGUUCCUGAUGAUGAUGAUGAAGCUACAACUAAGUCCCAGUUGAAUCCAGCGUUUGAGGAUGCCUGGAGCAGCAGUGAUGAGGAGGGCUGACUGUCAGGCAGCCUUUGC